CCAGGUUUCCGUGCGCAUCAUGUUUUGGACGGCCCAUGCAGACAGGCGGUGUAUAUCUGGUGUUUGUUGUUGUCACAUUAGGAGAGUGAAAGACAUCUGUGACGGAGUCAGAACCGUGAACGUGUCGCAUGAGGUAAGGAAGGUUGCUACAUGAGCCCCACCCUGCCAUGAGAGCAGACCACCAGGUUACCAGCCACCCCUCCUUCUGCAGUUGAUGGAUCUGCAGCUGGUCCAGAGAUGACAGACAGCGUCAGGGCCUUCGUCCAGAAUGUCGCGACGGGGAUCAAGGACUCCAUACUGGGGAUUGGAACCAUCUCCAAGCUGGAUGCUCGCAUCCAGCAGAAAAGGGAAGAGCAGCGGAGAAGAAGGGCCAGUGGAGCCCUCGCACAGAGACGGGCGCAGAGUGAGGAACGCAAACCGGACAAUGAGCCUAAAGUAGCCAGCAGGAUAUUUCAAUGCUGUGCUUGGAAUGGAGGAGUGUUCUGGCUCAGUCUGUUUCUCUUCUACCGGGUCUUUAUCCCCCUGCUGCAGACCCUAACAGCAAGAAUCAUCGGUGACCCCUCCCUCCACGGCAGCGUGUGGUCCUGGUUAGAAUUCAUCCUGACCUCCGUUUUCAGCGCUCUAUGGGUUCUCCCCCUCUUCGUCCUUAGCAAGAUAGUGAACGCCAUCUGGUUCCAGGAUAUAGCUGACCUAGCCUUUGAAGUGUCUGGCUGCAAAGCUCAGCCGUUCCCCAGUGUCAGUAAGAUCAUCGCAGACAUGCUUUUUAACCUGCUGCUCCAGGCGCUCUUCCUCAUUCAGGGUAUGAUUGUCAGCCUGUUCCCCAUUGAUGCCAUCGGACAGAUGGUUAGUCUCCUCCACAUGUCUUUGCUCUACUCCCUGUAUUGCUUCGAGUAUCGCUGGUUCAACCACGGCAUCGAGAUGCACCAACGACUGUCCAAUAUCGAGAGGAAUUGGCCAUAUUACUUUGGCUUUGGUUUACCCAUGGCUCUGCUGACUGCCAUGCCCUCCUCUUACAUCAUCAGUGGCUGCUUGUUCUCCAUCCUCUUUCCUCUGUUCAUCAUCAGUGCUAAUGAGGCAAAAACACCAACAAAGCUAUAUCACUUCCAGCUGCGCCUCUUCUCUCUGGUCGUGCUGAUGAGCAACAAGCUUUUCCACAAGACUGUCCACCUGCAGUCCUCUCUGACGCCGUCUGCCUCAUCGGAGAAGCUGUCCUCACCCCACACCUCCCCGAACCGCCACAGACUGCCGCUGCACAGCCAGUGAUGGGCCCACAUGAUAUCAAGCUCCAUUUGGCUUCAGUUAGUGUGGGAGGAAAAAAGGGAUUCUUCCAGAAGGAUUGUCCUUAAAGAAGAUGAUAUGCAAUGUAAGAUGAAGGGUUUAUGUAGAUAAUCUGAUCUUCGGCUGUUGGGUUCAUUUAAGGUCCACACCAGGCACAUUUUGACUCGCGCCUCACUCUAAAUACAUUAUGGAAAUGUAUACCGCUGUAACUUUAAUUUUCUUUGAUAUUUUCUUUCAGGUUUAGUUGUUUUUUUUGUUUUUUGUUUUUAUAAUGUGCCAUUUGAGUGACACUUCAUAACAACUUGCAGCCCAAGACUCCAUAUAGUUUUAAUAUUGAGCAAAUGUACUAUAAUUAGACUUUUUACCCUCUUUGAAAGACCUCAGUUGCAUUUAGAAUGAACAGCAACAGCUUGGUUUUACCUGCAGCGUGUUCUUUAGUAUCCGCAGCUUUUAUUGCACAUGGAUGGUGUCCGAGGAGUUUCAGAAACAAACUUGCGAAGCUAUAAGAGUGUUUUUGUUGUUUGUUUGUUUUCUUCCUACUUUUUUGCAAUCUCUCAGCAGUUCAAGCAGUCCUAUGUUGCUGUUGGUCAUUGGCUGGUCAUAGUGAGACAACACUGCCAAACCACUGCAGGUCUCUUCUUUUUCCCUUCAGCCACAACCAUGCAAAGCUCUACAAUAAACAGGGAAGUUAAAUAUUUAAGGCCUUUGUUUUAGAAAAUAGGUGAUCAACCUCAUUUGGCUAAACCUGUGUCCUACCCAGAGAGCUGAUGUCAUAACUAAACCCCAAAGAUUUUUUUUUUUUUUUUUUACUUUACAUAAUUUCAGUACUUCCUAAGCCUUCCUUCAGACACCCUAGCCCACUCAGUAAUCCUUUCUCUUUCACUUAUCAUGCUCAUGGCUGUAGACAGGGGCAAUGAUUUUGAAAAAGUGUGCAAUUCUAAAAAGGAGCAUAGUGUUAGUGGUUUUAUUGUUUUCCUUUUUUGUAAAAGUAAAGCAUCUAAUUUCAAUAAAAUUUGGUCAGUAUUCAAUGUUCAAAA